AUGCGAAAAUACACUGUCACUAAUCUUCAUAGUGCAACAAAGUUGCCAAAAGCCGAUGGAACCAUCGGACCUUUUGGUGGCGAGUCCGAAGUGGACGGUCAAGCUCAGGGCGGUCGUAGGAGACAGAGCCAGAUUAGCCAGGCUCUACCUACCUUGUCUGGGCUAUCCAAGCCAGCUGGCCAACUACUGCGAGGAGCAACGGAUGACAAGGGAGACCAGAAGGCCGCGGCGCUGCUCGUUGGCAUUAAACUUGACCUGGAAGCCGAAGUUCAUUUAACUGCCAGGGUCAAGGGUGAUAUUUGCGUGGGGUUAUAUUAA